GCUCAGGCUCCCGCGCGCUUGGGCCACAGGGUUCCCCCCUUCGAAGUUCAAUCUGAGUUAGUUGCGUACGCAGUUGCUGACAAAGUCCUCGUGCCCAACAUGGGCCAUCGCCGCAGCCCCUCGCCGCCCCUUGCGCUUGGACCCGAGCCAUGGGAGCGGCAGCCGCCCGCGGGCGACUGGCUCUGGCCGCGGCCGCCCUUCGCAGCCGCCCUUCGCCCGCGCGGCCCCGGCGCACACGGGAGGCACGCCGCGCAGUUGGCGGCGGCGGCGGCGGCGCAGCCGCCCCGCAUCAGGCGGCCGCCUGGGCUCGCGGAGCUGGCGCAGCGUGAGGUUCGGUUCAUGCGGCCGCCUGGGCUCGCGGCGCUGGCUCAGCGUGAGGCCGCGCGCGCGCCGCCGGCGGGCGAGCUGCGCGGGCCUCGCCUGGACGCGCUCCUGCAGGGGAUACCGACCCCCCUCCGCCUGGGCCAGCGGGCGGCCGCUCGGGCCGCCGCACAGGCUCUCGAGCCGCCCGCAGACGGCUCCGCCGCCGGCGUGCGCGAGGAGGCCAUGCCAGCCGUGGCAGACCCAGGUGCCGCCGCCGCUGACAUACCCCCACCAGUUCGCGACAGUAUGGGCAGAGCCGCACUCUCUGACGCGCAGCCUUUUGCCAUGUCAGCGGGGCCCGCCCGCCUCGUCGACGCCGGGCAGACCCCAAUGGGUGCGCAUGCGCCGUGACUUAUAACUUAAAAACUUCUCAUUAUCCCUCUGCCCAAAAAUCGUGGGACAGGGGAGCAUCGGCAUAGCAUCGGCAUGAUCCCGCCAGCUUUCUGUUACCAUUUGUCCCCCUUUCCGCGUGCCGCCAGCUUUCUGUUACCAUUUGUUCCUUCCCAGCGUGCCGCCAGCUUUCUGUUACCAGGACAGGUAUGUGAUACAUUUGCUGCCACUGUGUUGCAGGACCUCUGAAUACGCCAGAGCGGCGACAGCUUAAUAUGCCACAUUGCGCCGUCUCAGUGUCGCGGGGGUGGUGGCAACGCCACUUCUGCGAAGCCUCGCGCGGGUGGUGACAGCGCCACUCUUGCGAGGCAAGUUUUCGCCCGGAACUCUUUGGCCCAAGUUUGGUGCGCUGUGUUGAAAAAUGGUCCAUCAGCGUACCGAGGAGAGCGAACAAGAUCGCCUAUCCGUUCGCCUCGCUAUCUCGGUAAACACCCCACUGAACUUCGAAAGAGACCCAGGCCCCAAGAUGCCCCAACACGGUUGUUAUGCGAUCACAGCCUUCGUCCAAUACAUUUUUGCUUGCUUCAGUUGCAGCACUGUUCAAUCAUUCGAUCUUGCUGCAUGAGCCUUGCGCGACCGCAACGCACCAUCUCCGUGCGAAGUAGUGUGCGUGCGCAGCCUUCGUCCUGCACGUGCUCCGCCAGCUGGCGUGUCAGCGCGUGCAUUUAAUUUCACGGCUGUGUUCCCUCCUUCGUCCGUCUUUCUUCGAUAUUCUUGCAAGUGCUCCGCCACCCGGCGUGACAGCGCGUGCAUGAUUUUUCAAGGCAGUUUGUUGGGCGUCCUUUGGCACUGCUAUUUUUUCUGCACGUGCUCGCCAGCUGGCGUGGCAGCGCGCACAUUCUAUUUCAGGGCAGUUGUCGUGACGUCCUUUGUCAUUCCUUGUCCUUCCCGCACAUUUUCGGCAAGACAAGCCAAGAACAUGUGACGACAUCCAGACCAGCAAGCUACGGCCUCGAUAUUUC